AUGCACGGAGGGCGGAGCUGCGGCCCGAGGACGCGACGCGAGCCCAGUUCCGGUGAGGAGGCCGCGCCAGCGCCAGCGAUGGCGGCGGAGUCAGCUUUCCAAGUUGCGGAGAAGCUGCAGGCGUACCUGGCUGCGAACCCGGAACCGGAGAAGCUAUUGAAAUAUUUGAAGAAACUCUCCACCUUGCCUAUUACGUUAGAAAUUCUUGCGGAGACCGGGCUUGGCAAAACAGUGAAUAGCUUACGAAUAUACGAGCAUGUUGGACGCUUUGCCAGGGUCCUCGUGGCCCAGUGGAAGAAAUUGGUUCCUGUGGAACGAAACACUGAGCCCGAUGAACAGGACUUUGAGAAGAGCAAUUCCCGAAAGCGCCCCAGGGAUGCUGCUCAGAAGGAGGAGGAUACGGACUGCCAAGAAAACUGGAAAGCUUCCGGCAGCCAGCCGUACAGCCCUGACCACAGACAGAAGAAACACAGAAAACUCGCAGAGCUUGAGCGACCUCACAAAGCGUCUCACAGUCAGGAGAGGAGAGACGAGAGAAAGAGGGGCUACAGGGUUUCACCAAUCUACUCUUCAGACCGUGAGUCUUCUGAUUACGGCCAUGUUCAGUCCCCUCCAUCGUGUGCCAGUCCUCAUCAGAUGUCCGUGGGCCACUGCAGAUCCCCGGAGGAGGACCACGAGCCCUUUGUCCCACACCAGAAGCCUGGAAAAGGCCACAGUAAUGCCUUUCAGGACAGACUGGGGGUCGGUCAGGAACGACACUCCGGCGAGCCCCAGGGGAAAGGGGCUGGGAGUCAGAACAAGGAGCACAGAUCUUCCCCUAAAGAAAAACGUCCAGUGGAUGCCAGGGGAGAUGAGAAGUUGUCUUUAAGCAGAGAGAAAUCCCACAAGGCCAUCUCCAAAGAGGAAAACCGGAGGCCCCUCUCAGGGGAUGGCACAAAGGAGAAACCACCCUCUAGUGGUGUCAAGAAAGAGAAGGAAAGAGAGGAAAACAAGCAAAGUCUAGACAGCUUAGACAUAGGAAAGGGAGCAGGAGACCUGCUGUCCAAGGCGAAAGAGAAGGUUUCCAACAACCUAAAGACUCAAGAAGGGAAAGGAAAAACUCCCCAUUCAGAUAGGAAGUCAGUGGGCUCCUUCCCCAAAGUUGAGGAGGCUGAUAUGGACGAUGAAUUCGAGCAGCCCACCAUGUCUUUUGAGUCAUACCUCAGCUAUGACCAGCCCCGCAAGAAAAAGAAAAGGAUUGUGAAAACCUCAGCCACGACCACUGGCGUAAAAGGACUUAAAAAAAACGAUUUGAAAGGCACUAAUAAAAACUUGGACUCGGUUCAGAAAUCACCUAAGGUGAACGAAAACAAGUCAGAGAAGCUUCAGCCGGCCAGAGCUGAUUCAGUCAGGCCAAGAAAGGUCUUUGCCGAUGCGUUGCCAGUGCUGCCAGACCUCCCGUUACCUAUGAUACAGGGCAAUUACCGGCUACUUCCUUCGCUCGACUUGAUACCCUUCCAACCAAAGCGAAAAGCACACUCUUCACCCCAGGAAGAGGAGGAAGCUGGAUUCACUGGACGGAGAAUGAAUUCUAAGAUGCAGGUGUAUUCUGGUUCCAAGCGUGCCUAUCUCCCCAAAAUGAUGACCUUGCGUCAGCAGUGCAUCCGGGUACUUAAAAACAACAUCGACUCAAUCUUUGAAGUGGGAGGCGUUCCAUAUUCCGUUCUUGAACCUGUCUUAGAGAGGUGUACGCCUGAUCAGCUGUAUCGUAUAGAGGAAUACAAUCAUGUAUUAAUUGAAUAUACAGAUCAAUUAUGGAAAAUUCACUGUCACCGAGACUUUAAAGAAGAAAGGCCAGAAGAGUAUGAGUCGUGGCGGGAGAUGUACCUGCGGCUUCAGGAUGCCCGAGAGCAGCGGCUACGCCUUCUGACAAAGAAUAUCAGAUCUGCACAUGCCAAUAAGCCCAAAGACCGACAAACAAAGAUGGCCUUUGUGAACUCGGUGGCCAAGUCACCUCAUGAUAUUAGAAGAAGGCAGGAGAAGUUUGGAACAGGAGGAACAGCUGUGCCCGAGAAAAUCAAGAUUAAGCCAGCCCCAUACACCACAGGAAGCAGCUAUGCUCCCUUCAGCAGUGGCAGCAGCAAUAGCUUUAACACCAGCCCCAAGGAGCCGGCCUAUGACGGCCCGAGCACCAGCAGUGCCCACUUGGCAUCCGUGGUCAGCAGCACUGUUUCCUGUGAUCCUAGGAAACCAACUGUGAAGAAAAUGGCCCCAAUGAUGGCUAAAACGAUUAAAGAUUUCAAGAACAGGUUCUCCCGACGAUAAACCUGAGGACUUGCCUUGGCGAUAGAAUUGGGGGGUGAGGAAUACA